AUGGACUAUCGCUCCAAUGAAAUUCAAUGUUAUUGCAACGCCGGUUUCCUGCUCAACGAAAUCGAUAGGCAUUCAUGCCAGGAUAUCAAUGAAUGCUCCGUAGGAAAUGGAGGUUGCUCACAACUGUGUGUGAAUCUUCCCGGUUCUUAUGAAUGUCAGUGCAAAACUGGCUAUAUCAUGACGUACGAUGGACGAACUUGUGAAGACAUCAAUGAAUGUGUAUUGAACAAUGGUGGCUGUCAACAUUCAUGCACUAAUAUGCCAGGCGGCUACAAAUGCUCUUGCGAAGAAGGAUAUGGUCUGGCUGAAGACGGUCAUUCGUGUUACGAUGUGAACGAGUGCCUUGUGAAUAAUGGAGGAUGUAGUCAGCUGUGUCGCAACGACGAAGGUGGUCGACACUGUGAAUGCUUCGGAGGCUAUGUGCUAGGGAAAGAUGAGAAAACCUGCAUGGACAUUGUUACCCAUCCGAAACAGCUUGACGAUACCGGCGACAUCGACGGGAACUCUUUGGAUCGCCUCAUUGACAGUAUCGAGAAGUAUCCCGGCGACGGUGCAGUACGUCCCAUUUCCGGCUAUAACUUCGCGUUCAGUCGAUUACGCAAAGGUAGAAGCAAACGCAUAGUCGUCUUUCUGUGUGCUUUUCUCGUCCGUUCAUUUACUAUUUUAAAACUGACUUGUGAUUUAAACAGUUAUGAUUGGUUUGGCGAUGUAGAUUAG